UCAACACGCUGCCAAAAUUGCCUCAAAAGUCGAUCAUUAUUAUCAAACAUCUUCAAUUUUUACUAUAAAUGUUCGCACACCGAUGCUGUACAUCAUCAGUCAACUCCCAGCAUCCACACCAGCUUCAACAGCAACCGUAACCGAAGCUGAAAACCAUCUCUUUUCUACCCAAAAUGUACAAGAUCGUUGCAGUUCUGGCCUGCUUGGCUGUUGCAGCCAUGGCUCUGCCGUACAACCAUCCGGCUCAGGAAUCUAAGGAGGAACACCAUCCCGCGCAGUACAAGUUCGAAUACGGAGUUAAGGAUGACCACACCGGAGAUCACAAGACCCAGUGGGAACAGCGGGAAGGAAAGCACGUGAAGGGCCAAUACACCCUGGAAGAUGCUGACGGUGGCCAUCGCCUGGUAGAGUACGAAUCUGAUGCCCACGGAGGAAUCAACUUCCAUGUGUCGAAGAUUGGCGGAAGUGGUGGAGGUGGUGGACACGGCCCUGCCCCACCAGCGGCUCCCGUCAAGAAACCUGCCAACUUCAAGAAAGCCCACUAUUGAGAAGUGACAGAAGGCAAGCAGUUUUUUGAAUGCUUCGUUUCGCCAAAUCAGCCAUUCAGUACUACGGGUGCUGAGUAGGGAUUGUGUCGAUCAAAAUGACUCGAUGAAUUUGUGAAUUGUGAUACUUAGUCAUAGCUUAGGCAAGAAAUUAGGUGAAUCAAAUUUGAAUAUGCGUUAAGCUAGAUUGAGCUUGUGAUGUUCUGCCAUCAACUCGAGUUAGCCGCCAAACAGUUUUCCUUGCCAACACUUCUGAUCUUUUCCAGUAUCUUAACCAACCAACUGUAUGUUUCGUAUGCAGAAGGAAAUUUUCUGCUCAUAUUUAGUGGUAAUUCAGUUCGUUCGAAAGAUUUUUCUAGAUUGGCUUAUCCAAGUGUUGAUUUUGUUGGGCAAGGAGACGAAUUGUAUAGCAAGAUGCUCCAGGCAAUAAUUUGAAACUCAAAAGAUUCGGGGAGCUCUUAAGAACUGUAAGAAAAUUUGAAUACUAAAUUUAUUCUAGUUUUGUGAUGAUUCUUAAGAUUUUCUUGAAUCUAAUUAACCUAAAGUUAGGGCGUAUGAGAUGAUCAUUAACAGAAAGAUAGUUUAUUCAAUGAAAUCUUCCAUAAGAAUAUCCAACGACUGAAAGUACUUUUAAUAAAGAUUAUAAAGCAAUGAACUAUAAAGUAA